AUGUCAAACAAUAAAAGCUCUCCAAGCUAUCUGACAAAUAUAUCGACACCGACUACGCCUCCCGCUUCAGCUGUAGCUUAUUCCUACCUGCUGGCAGUAGCGUUUGGUUUUAUUGCCGCCCUGGCUCUUAUUGGCAACGGUCUUUUUUGUAUUCUUAUACUGAAGAAUUAUCGGAUGCUCAGAUCUGCAUAUAACUUGCUGAUAUUCAGCCUGGCUGUAACAGACAUGAUAACAGGUAAACGUUUUUAGAAAUCAAAUCAGUCUUUUCCGAGUGCGGACUGAGAAACUAUUAGACACUAAGAUCUCGAUACAUGAAUUAUCAUUAGUUACACCUGGUGACGAGUUUGAAAGAGGUUUCCUUCUUUGAUGAAACGGAAAUAAUACCGUAGUUGUAGCAUAAGAAAUAAUUCCUAUGCAAACACAAAUUAGGAUUUUGCAGCAAAAUAUGAACGCCACACUAUUUUAUUGCUAUUAACUAAGUUCUUAAGAGCGACUGUUUGUAAAUAUCGACCAAAAUUGCUCAAAAGUCGGCUUUUUUGAACGACGUCGACGACGGAGCCCAACGAAAACAGGCUUUAAAGAAGUACAGUGGUGUGUUUUAUUAAUUUAAGCAUCCGUCAAAAGGCAUAACUAUGUUAAAUUUAAGACGGAGACGACCAAUUUUAACUAAUUAGAACACUUGCUUUUUUCUUGCGAGUUUUCUCUUUCAAGUAAUUAUGUAUAAGUACACAUGAUACAUGUACGUUUCAAUGUAUUACUAUCACGCUUAUAAAGGUACUUUGUAACGAAUGUUUCAGAAAAUACUUUAACUCGUUUCAAUCGACGAUGAAGGCCAUCGUCAAAAACAAAUCGCCAAAAUCUACAGCAAAACGGAAAAUAGAAAAAAAGUGGCGUUUGACUAAUGCUAAAACGGCAGGAAUAGCUGCAGCGUGAGUAUGAGCUUUUAAAAUGCCAAAUGCUCCUAAAUGGACAUCAUACAUCUAUAUCAUAGAUCUAGACAUCAUACAUCUAUAUCAUAGUGCGUGGUUAAAAUUUGCAUUAUUUUAUCCCCAUAAUUUUAAACGGUAAAAAUUGUCAAUAGGGCCUAUUUUUAAUAAUACCUCUUUGGCCACAAAAAUAUUCCAGCUUUUACAAAUGUAUCGUUUUAUAAGGAAGAAAUGGUCAUAAAAACUAUUCGUGUUCUUCAAAGACUGCCAAAUCGUUGUAGUUUGACGUGCGAGUCAAUGAAAUUUAUGUAACAUUUCGCUUUCCCGGAAGUGGAGUUUGAGCCCCGAACGGGCAAAAGGAGUUUUCUCGAAUUUUAACAAAAGAACACUUUAUUUGGGAAAACUAACUACAGCAUGUUUCAUUACUCAUUAAAGGUUAUCGAUGAGCCAAAAAUGACGUAAAUCAAAUUUUGAACUUGUGCCGACCGUGGGUCGAUAUUUACGGAAAGCCGCCCUUAAAAAGUCAUGCAAUAGACCUCAUUUAGGAUGCCCACCGUCUUUGGAUGUAAGUGCGCAGGGAUUGACGGGUGAAGACAAUGUCGCGUGCUCUCUGAGGGGAAAACAAGUGAACUUAAAAAUGAUUGCCAAGGAGUUUAUUUAUUCCGUCAAAAUUAAAAAACACUUACUAUAGUCAUGAGAAAUAUACAGAUCGAGUUUCAUCGAGGUUCAUGUCAUUAUUGGUAGGUAUAUCUACGGUCGUUUUUGCAUCCAAAAACACCACGACAGUUUUUAGUUCCAGACAUUUUUUUUCCAUUAUCUUCUUGAACCGAGUUCAAUUCCUUUACUUAUUGUUGUCUAGAAUGAUCAAACUCGACGGUGAUUACUUGCAUUGUCAAAGUUUAUCGGCGUUUUGCGCCCCGAGAAACCAAGUGGCAUUACAUUUAUCCUAUUCUCACUAGGGAAAACAAUAAAAUUCUCAGCGUGGCCCAGGGGAAUACUCGGCAUACCCGCAGACCUUGUCCCUCGGUUUUAAAGGGACAGGUUCACGGUUCAGCGCAUGCUCAUUUCUCAAAAUGCUGAUUUUCUGCCGCGACCUGCUGUAUCGUCUAUGGAAGCAAUAUGAUCAUGUCAUAAUUAUGUCAAAGAACCAAUCUGCACACUCCCCUAGCAGUCCCUUGAUCAAUUCAUGUGCAAAUAACUGUAAAUUAAUCAACCAUGGAAUAAAACUUUCGGGUCAACAAUAAAUUCAACGUUGGUAGUGUUGGCAUAAUCCACUAAUUUUUCUGCCAUUUUCCCUCCUCCAUCUUACUUCGGGUUACUUUGAAAUACACUCUGAGAUCACUAAGAUACAUGUGAGUGGAAAUAUUAACCGAUAGAAUUAAUAAUAAAUAGAAAAAAGUAAUUUAAUUAAUGAGCAUGCGCUUUACCGUGAACUUGUCCCUUUAAGACUAGUCUGAUUGAUUAUUCAGCCAGCUAGUUCUAGUAAAGUUUAGGUCUCGGCACCCUCGAUAGCAGUUCUUGUUUUUCGCUUUCAUUCGCUGCGCCCCGUAUAACUCAAAUUCCAGCUACCCCUUUGGCAGAAUACGUCCAUGCAGUUUUUAGCCCUCCACAGCUACAAGGCACAUACAGCUGUUUCGAGAAAGGUUGUCGGAAGAAGUGUACGCGACAAUCCUGAAAGGCAUUGUGGGUGGUUUUGAGUUCACUGUUCUUCAGAGAAAUUUAAAAGAAUUGGCACGAAAGGCCAUGAAAAUGUGUUUGCGAGUGCUAACGGAAAGGAACAAAGUAGGUUCGACAGCUACAGUCGUCAGGAACAGUACAUCGAUCAUAUCCCAUAUUACCUUUCGGGAUUGUCGCGUGCACAUUUUUUCCGACAACCUUUCUCGAAAUAGCUGUAUAUGUGUACAGCCACUGCCCUCUUUUCCUUCAUCGGAAAGGAUGAUACAAAUAUACUCAGUAAGAUCCAUUUGAUACAAGAAAGGACAAGUAAACUGUGAAAUCAUUACUCUUGUGAAAACAUCAAAGGUGAAACAUGUCUUGUUUGUCAUAGGGAUAUUUCGACCUGCUGCAAGGCAUAUACUUGUUGAUAUUCUAGCAACCUCAUUCUUUAUCUCAUCUUUAUUUUUAAGGAGCGUUUAUUGGUGUGACGCCAAACUACCUUGUCGCCCUAAGCUCGUACCAGGCUCCCAGUGGAUUACCUGGGGUAAUUUUCUGCAAAGUCAUUGGUUCCCAGUACUUCGUGUUUCUACUUGGUAAAGUUUCCUGUCUUACGGUCACGUGUCUUGCUGUGGAAAGAUGGUACUCUGUGGUUAAGCCUAUCAAAUAUCGACUUAAGUUUAAAAGAGGAAGAGUUUAUGUGUAUCUUGUAAUCAUAUGGAUAACCUGUCUCUUAUUGCAUUCAUUAGUACUGUUUCAAAUGACGCUUGAUGAAAAAAACCUGCGAUGUGUGUGGAUAACAUCCGAUUUCCCCAAAGAACUAACAGUAAUGACACUCACCAUCGUGACAUUCUUUGUUCCAAAUGCGGUUACUUGGGUUACUUAUCUUCACACUGCUUUUGCGCUUAAGACGUCUCCAGCAAUUAAUAGAAAUAAUGCGCGUAACACUCGCACACGGUUUAAGCUUCUGCGCAUGUGUAUUAUAGUAGCCCUGCUAUUUACAAUAUGCUGGUUUCCAAAUCAGCUUUACUAUACCCUGGCUUCUUAUGGCCUUGUUAGACUGGAGUCGCCUUUCCAUCACUUCACUAUCGUCCUUGCUAUGUUCAACUCGUGCACCAAUCCUGUCAUUUAUUGCUCCACAAACCGGGAAUUUAGAAAAGGGUUUCUUAUGUUACUUUGCCCUUUCUUUAAUUCCUGCCGAUGGAAGAAACGAAGAGAGACAAGUCUAGCACGUGAAAACAGAUUGAGAGUAGCAACUGGAGAAUUUGAAGUGGGAAAAUUUGACGCUGGUGUGAUGUUGACGUUUGGUAAUUUGGUCAAUCAAGGGUGCGAAGUCGACGACUGCAAGCAACAGGAAACCAGUGGUGUUUGCAGUGAGCUUAUUUGAAAAAUCGGUUAACUGGCUUUUCUCUUCACUUCAGUCUUUUCAGCUGUGGUCAGGCUUGUUACACUUUCGCUAAGCUUCCGGCUGACGUAGACGAAGCGGACUGCGGUUUUACAGUCAGCGUUAGUUCAACAGGUGGUAAGUGUGCGUACUCGGGGAAAGUGGUCCCUAGCUUCAUUCCUGGCGACAGGAGCCCAUGGGCCCCUGCUGGCGAAAAAUGCCUGAUUGGUCGAUACGUGACCACGUGACAUUUCCUUAAUUCAACAUGACGGCAAAACCUUCAUCGUCUCUUGUUUAGAACUGCGGCUUAUGAGUUGCAUGCAGACUGCGUAUAUAUGGCUUAAACUUUUUAUUAUCCUUUAUUAUAUAAUGAGCCGGACAUUUUGAAAAGAUAGAUCGAAAUGUCUGCAGCUGGUGUCUACUCUAACAGACUUUUAUCAUUAAAACUCGAGCUUCAGCGUCUGCAUCAACAAUGUUUCCUUUGUGAACAGGUGCAAUUCAGUGAAUAACACUCAACAGCCGAUUUUGAACGGGUUAAUUUUCUCUACUUUUCCCUUUUUUUCGCUUCCCAUUUCCCUUUCUAGGUUUUUCGUUUUUACGUAACAUCCGUAAAAACCAAACUAAGUACUAUUUUAGUGACUAAAUUCACGCGGGUUAUUUUAUUUUGCAUUAAGAGUAUUGUCAUCUGUCAUGGUGUACAAUAUUUUAAGUUCAUCGUUAACAUCCGCUAAUUUAUGCAGUACGUAAAUGAGUCAAGUGUCUUGCAUCAGAUGUAAAAGAUCUAAAUACAUGCGGUCUGUAUUAAGUGAACUGAAUGCAAAUCUACGUCAAACCCUUACCCUAUCAGUUCCUUCAAUUCUUAUACAUGUUUGUGUUUUAUUCAAUUUUUCAUUUUUCCGUUCCCAGUGACUCGCUCCCCAAUCCGCUUUCCGCGUUUUAGUAAAAGUCUUGUGGUACACAUACCUCCUCUGUGAAAGGGACAGUGUAAACUUAAAAAAAGUAAUAUCAGAAAUAGCAAUGUUAUAAAAAUAACAUUUUAAAAUGUAUAUUAAUAGCAUAAGCUUUAGUAGUAUUUGGCAGUAAGACUACGAGUGAUGUUUCAGAAUUGUCCAAAAUAAUAUGACCUGCGAAGCGGCAAGUGGUAUUUUGGGCAAUUUUGAAAUAUUACAAGCCGGUAUUAAUGCCAAUUAUAACAUAGCGCGCGUACUUGCCGUAUCUACUUCCUUUCGAGUCGAUGAAAUAAAAUUCUUUAUAUGUGCACGGCCGUGCGUAUAUAAGAUGACGUGUUUUGUUGUGUUUAUUAGACGUGGAUUUUCGCCUCUAACCUUCAAAAUCGAACACAAUGAUAAAGAACUUUCUAGGAUUUUUGGAAUUGACAGCUUUCUAGCCACUUAAACCAACAGCAAAAGCGGUCAACUGUUAGCAAAUUACCAGACGCCCCGUAGGAAAGUUCUCACUCAAAGAAUGACAUUUAGUUGGAAAUAAAAACCACAAACUCAUAUGAGUUGGGGAACAUCCGAUUAUAUAGUGUCCUCAUUUUUUAACGUCUGCUUAGCCGGUUGAAAUCAAGUUAAUUAAUGGCGAAAAACUACGCACUUUCGUUAUAAACGAACAAUCUCUGGAGGGAAAAUUCCUCUUGCAGGAUCGAAACAAAACGAGCACGAGCUUUUACCAGGACAUAAAUUUAUUACUCAUAAAGUAACACAACAUUUAUUACUCAUAAACAAAACUACAAAAAGGUCCUCUCAGAGGUAGACUGCUUGAAGUCCGCCUUUUCUUUAAGAUCCGUCAAGUUUUCGGUGACAGUGAGUGCGUAUGGACAAAAAACUCUUUUAGCCAAAAGGGACUGGGACAAGCGUCUAGUUGCGUACGUGGGUGCACAGCUACGUAGAUAUACGCAAUCUAAGCAUGAAACCACGUAAAAGUCAUGCUAUUAUAUUUUUAUCAUAGAAGCCGAGAAACUGUCGGCAACGUUCAAGAUGCCUUUAUUUUGUUCUAGUUGAAUGAAAAACUCUUACCAAAGUGGCGCUUAAACAUCGUUUUACGUCAGUGGGCAAGUGAUUGACAGCUUCUUGUAUUAAACGUCGAUAAUGUAGAAAACAACAUGAAAAAGGUUAAAUGUUUUUGCAGCAACUGCAGUGGUAAGAGAUCACGCAUUGACUUCACAUACAAAAAGUACUGAGGUUAUGACUCGCCAAGUUUUUUCGUUGUAAAACACCAACGCCAACUCCUUAAUUAGUAAUUAUUGUCACUUAGCAGCCAUGAAAGUGGUGUGCUGUUGAUGUUUGCGUGUGGGAGUGUAAAGAAGUGAUUUAAUAUCGCCGAAAACUACCUACCUUUUUCAUUUCUCCAUCUUGAAUGGUAAGUGCUCUGAGUGCUUUUGUUGAAUUUGAUCGUUUUCCGUAGCCUUUCUCGCGAAGACCUCUUGCCUUUCCCUUCUGUCUGAACUUGACAAAUUCUUGGUUCGCUAUGCAAAUUUUGCUGUCAUAUUGUCUGUCUACCGUAAAUCCAUCCCCGGUUUCCGGUCUAAAAAGACACCCCGUUAAGACGCACAAUAGUGAAAUUAUAUACCCUGAGAAGACUCAAGACCCUGAAAACCAUACCCUGUUGAGCGGCACAUACCCGUAUAGAUCAAAUAAGGAAGCCCCCCCUCCUCCGGAGCUAAUAUACCGUAAAUGAUACAACAGAUGCACGGGAAUUUAUAUUCAAUCUUAGGUGUCCAAGAAGGAGCGUUUAAUAGAUGGGAGGCGUUUAUUCUCAUACUACUACUGUGCAGUAGAAGAUCCAGAGGAGGGGCCGGGGGGACCAAACAUUUUGAGUGGAUAAUAAGCGAGUGGGAACUGAAAAUGAUGUUUAUUAUCCACUCAAAAUAUUUCCCUGUUUCUGAUUGGCUUAAAUCCCAAGGUUGAUUCUUCAAAAUCAGCUACCCUUGACGGUUCCAAUUACAAUGUCCUCAGUAUUCCGCCUUGCGAUUGCUACUGAUUUUUUAAAAUCUUUUUUUACUGUGUCGUCUUUAGAUGUUAAACAAUAAAAGCUCUUCCAGAUAUCUGACAAAUAUGUCGACACCGACUACGCCUCCAGCUUCAGCUGUAGACUAUUCCUACCUGCUGGCAGUUGCGUUUGGUUUUAUUGCUGUCAUGGCCAUUAUUGGCAACGGUCUUUUUUGCAUUCUUAUACUGAAGAAUUGUCGGAUGCUCAGAUCUGCAUAUAACUUGCUGAUAUUCAGCCUGGCUGUGACAGACAUGAUAACAGGUAAACGUUUUUAGAAAUCAAAUCAGUCUUUUCCUUCUGUGACUGAGAAACUAUUGUACACCAAGACCUCCAUACAUGAAUUACCAAUAGUUACCAAUUGUAGGACUGUGAAAGUCAGUAAAGAGGUUUCCUACUUUGAUGAGACGGAAAUAAUACCGUAAUUAUAGCAGAAGACAUAAUUCGUACGCAAACACAAGUUAGGAAUUUGCAGCAUAAUAUGAACGCCACGCUAUUUUAUUUCUAUUAAAUAAAGUUUCUUAAGGAAGUCACUAGUUUUUAAAAAGUCAUGCAGUAGACCUUAUUUAGGAUGCCCACCGUCUCUACAUGCAAGAACGUAGGGAUUGAUGGGUGAAUGAAAUGUCGCGUACUCUCUAAGGGGACAAAAAGCUACCUGUAAAAGUGGUUGCCAAUGAGUUUAUUUGUUCCGUCAAAAUUAAAAAAACACUUACUAUAGUCAUGAGAAAUAUACAGAUCGAGUUUCGUCGCGGUUCAUGUCAUUAUAAACCUGGCCUCUUUAGCUUGUAUCUUUUGUUUUCCCAAUACAGCGGGUCAUGUGAUUAUACUCUAGGGGACUGUUUCUUUCAAAUAUCGCCUGGUCUCAGGCAAAAAGUGAAUAAAAGCUACCCGUGAAAGUGAUUGCCAGGGAAUUCAUUUAUUCCGUUAAAAUUAAAAAACAAGCUAAAACACUUACUAUAUUAGUCAUGAGAAAUGUACAGAUCAGGUUUCGUCGAGGUUCAUGUCAUUAUUAGUAGGUGUAUUUACGGUCGUCUUUGCAUCCAAAAACACCACGACAAUGAUCAGCGUACAAUUCCUUUACUUUCAAUUGUUAUCUAAAAUGAUCAAAGUCGACGGCGAUUACUUACAUGGUCAAAGUUUAUCGGCGUUUUGCGCCCCGAGAAACCACGUGACAUUAGAUUAUAUCCUAUUGAUCCUAUGUGCGUGUAAAUUCGACAUAUAAUGUAAAUAAGGUCUAUACGGUGUCUUGAGGGUUUUAAAGGAUCCCUGAUGCUGUUAGUCACGCUCAAACCAAAAAAUUGGGCAGUUAGAUGUAAUUAAGAAACGAAAGGGCUAAUAAUGAGAGAAAUUAAUGCUCUUAGUGUGAAAAAAAAAAGAUGCAAAAGAUGCAAAACGUCUUGUGAAAAACAUUUCCACCUGCUACUUGUUGAUGUGUAUGUUAUCUCUUUUUUAUUUUCAAGGAGUAAUCAUUGGUGUGACGCCAAACUACCUUGUCGCCCUAAGAUCCUAUCAGGUUCCCGGCGGAUUACCUGGGGUAAUUUUCUGCAAAGUCGUUGGCUCCAGUUACUUCGUGUUUGUACUUGGUAAAGUUUCCUGUCUUACGGUCACGUGUCUUGCUCUGGAAAGAUGGUAUUCUGUGGUUAAGCCUAUCAAAUAUCGACUCACGUUUAAAAGACAAAGAGUUUAUGUGUAUCUUGUAAUCAUAUGGAUAACCUGUCUCUUAUUACAUUCACUUAUAUUGUUUCAAAUGACGCUUGAUGAAAAAAACCUGCGAUGUAUGUGGAUAACGUCCGAUUUUCCCAAACAAUUAACACCAAUGUUACUCACCAUCAUGACAUUCUUUUUGCCAAAUGCAGUUACUUGGGCUACGUUUCUGCACCUUUCCCUUGCCCUUAAGAAAUCCCCAGCAAUUAAAAAUAAUGGACCUUUCGCUCGAGCACGGCUUAAGCUUCUUCGUAUGUGCGUUAUAGUUGCACUGUUAUUCACAAUAUGCUGGUUUCCAAAUCAGCUUUACUAUGUCCUGUCUUCUUAUGGCUUUGCUAAAUUGGAGUCGCCUCCUCAUUACUUCACCGUCGUCUUGGUUAUGUUUAACUCGUGCAUCAAUCCUGUCAUUUAUUGCUCCGCACACCGGGAAUAUAGAAAAGCGUUUCUUACUUUAUUUCGUUGUGUCUUUAAUUCUUGGCUUUGUAAGAAACGAAGUGAGAUAAGUUUACACAAAGAGCACAGACUGCGAUCAAUAAGUGGGGAAUCUGAAGCGGAGAAAACUGGCAGUGGUGUGGUGUUGACCAGUUUUCGCGAUUUGAUCAACCAAGGGUACGAGGUCGACAACUGUUCGCAACAGGAAACCAGUGGUGUUUAAAUUUAUUUCAAAAAUCUGGCAAUUUGCGUUCUGCUUGAGAACGAGGCAUCAAGAAAACUUGUCAGUCAUCGCGUUUUUACCUUGGAUCUUAACUACGAUCGCUCAAGCUACCCUAUGUUAUUAUACUGACUGUUUUUUGGUAUGCAAAUGUGGCAUUAUUUUACCAUCUUUGCCAUAUACUGAAGAUAACGGAGCUUGGCGACCUCAAAAUUUCAUUGCUUGGAAAGGAACUGCUACCAGUGCCUAGUGGGAAAGAUUUGGGCGUAAUAUUGAACAACAACCUAACUUACCAUGAUCACAUUACUAAGACCGUUUCAUCAUUCUUUUCUCGACUGGCUCAAAUAAAUCGUGUUCAACAAGCAUUUAAUAACAAAAUUUUAAUUAAUAUAAUUUAUACAUAGUAUUUAGUAAACUAUUAUAUUGUUCGAACGUGUGGGCAAAUACUUCUAACAGAAAUAUGCGUAAGUUACAAUCUUGUCAAAUAUAUGCAUGCCGUAUUAUCAGCGGGGCUAAAAAUUAUGGCUAUAUGGCUCCUCUAUUAAAAGAAUUAAAUUGGCUCCCAGUAGAAAAAUCAAUCUAUCUUAGAAGUGCCACUAUGGCGUUUAAAUGUAUGACGGGCUCAGCACCGGAUUUUCUUACGUCUAAAUUUACUAAACGAUUUAAGAUCACUAGGCGAGUAGUGAAAUAGAAACUCACAAUCGCUGUAUAUUCCCAAAUUUAAAACGGCGAGUGGCCAGAGAAGCUUCUAUUGCAGAACAGUGAAGAUAUGGAAUUCACUGGACAAUGAAUUAAAACUAAGCAAAGAUGUUUUAAGCUUUAAACGAAAGCUCAAAAGUAAGCUACUUUGCUCGGCAUAGAACUUUAAGAACGAUUGUUCUUGUAUUUUAUGUAUGAUCGUAUAUAGUGAUUAAUUUUUAGCUCUUAGAUAAUUUUACCAAUCACUUUUUAUAUAUUUACUGUACUCCUUUUUGUUUGUAAUCAUAUAUAUAUUUUUUGUAAUCAUCUUUGAAAAGCCUUGUUUAAAUGAGAAAAAAAAGGAUGUAUGUAUAUGUAUAUGUAUAUACAUGAGAGACGAAAAACAUAUUGUUUUACUCUUCACUUGUGGUACUGUAUUUAUUGAGUUGUGAAGGGAGUGUCUUCUAAAAGAUGCUUGUGAUAGGUUGCAUGUACAUACAUAUAUAUAUACUCCUCAGUAUUACAUAUAAGCGACAUUUUUGCAAGGAGCAAAUUUGCGCAAAUCCACUUUUCGUCCAGUGCAAGUCAGGAAGUUUGGGUAGCUCUCAAGAACAUGGCUAGAGUUGCCGUCGCCUACACCUCGAGCAACUCCCGAUCAUACGCUACUCUCGAACUCUCCAAACUUCACGGGUGCAUCCUAACUCGAUAUGCGCCCGCCAAAGCUAGCAUCGGUCAAUUCUAAAUACCACGUACAGUUCAUGAUAUUAAUCUUUUUAUAAUAGAAGCCGAUAAUUAUUUAGCAACGCACUAGAUACUUUAUUACGUCACGAAGCAAAUGAUUGACAGCUUCUUGUAUUAAGUGUCGAAAAUAUAGUAAACAGCAAGAAAAAGGUUAAAUGUUUUUGUAGUAACUUUGGUGGUAAGAGACCACAAAUCGACUUCACAUACAAAAAUUGGUCAAUUUAUGACUUUCAUCUUCCAUGAAACUAGUGGACUGUCAAUGUUUGGAAGUGUAAAGAAGUAAUUUUGAAUUGUAUCAGCCCAAAACUACUCCGUCUUCAAUCAGUAAUUUCUUCAUCGUGAAAGGUAAGUGCUUUUGCUUAAUUUUAGUCGUUAUCUUUAGCCUUUCUCAUGACAAGUUCUUGCCUACAAGGCCGCCAUUAGCUGCCCGCACUUGACAAAUUCUUGGUACUUCGCUGUGGAGAUUUUGCUGUCUUAGCGAACAGAACGUAAAUGAUCUAAUAGACGCUAAUUGAUUUAAUUGAUCUAAUAGGGUGUUAAGUUAGUUCAAUAGGGGUCCAAGAGGGGGCUUUUAAUAGAUGGAAGGCGUUUAAAAGAGAGUGCCGUGUGUCAAUCUCAACUAAACAUAUGCUUUCAGCGAAAAUAGAAAGCUUGUUUACAAUAGCAGAAUAUCUAAUCCACCCAUUGAUAUGAUACAUCUAGGUCGUUCAGAGAUCUAUAUCGCUCACAGUCCAAUCUCAAUUGCGAUGUUAGGGUCAUUGUGCUGUCAUUGUUAGCAUAUCCUUACUUGAAACGUGACUUUAAAAGAGGUGCAAAGCUCAAACCCUUGUAAAUGAAGCAAGAAACUGAAUAAUUUGAAUGAUUAAAUAAUUGCGGUCAUGGGGGGCGUCUAUUAUUAAUACAAUUCUUAACAUGAUCUGACGGGAGGCGAUUAUUAGACAAGAAGUGUUUGAGAGCGGACGUCAGUUAGAUCAUUUAUGGUAACCCUUAGACUACCCAGCUCAUUGUAAAAGCCGUCACUUGGCGUAUUCGAGCAAAAAAUCUCAAGAGAUAUUCGUCAAGCUGUGCACGUUGUAGUUGUUAAAACUUUUUCUUUUGGCGGACGUGUUCCAAACAUUCCCCCAAGUUUUAGUAGUUUUAACCUCUGUGGGCUGUUCUAUGUUGUCAUUCCUUUUUUAAGUUAUAGUACUGUUACGCAGUGAAAUACUACUAACACCAACCACUCAAAUCUCCGACAUUUCUCGGCUUAUACUAUAAAUGGAGAUAUCCCGAGCUUGAGUGGCCAAUCAGAGCGCGCGAAAAACACUAUCCACUGUUUUAGUAUGUACAAAAAGGGAUGUUUAGUGUUGACAAGCAGAUGUUCUUCAAAUGACAGUUGUCAUCCGUCGAUUUCUAGGCAAUUAUAAGUUUGGCUAUUUCUUCUUCGAAAAACCGACCAAAACAACUGCGUUACCUCGCCUUCUGCUCAUCCCUUUUAAUUGUUGCUACUGCACAACUGACGCCAAUUAUUGUAUUGAUAUUGGCAAACUUUUUACCAUUUGGUCAAUAGUAGCUGAUUAUGAAGAAUCAACCGGGGGAUUUAAGCCAAUCAGAAACAGAGAAACGUUUUGAGUGCAUCAUAAAUUAAAAUCAUUAUCAGAUCCUAGUCGCAUAAAAUAAGACGGUUCCAAAUACAAUUUCCUCAAUAAUACUUCCACCUUGCGAUUGCUACUGAUUUUGUUUCUAUUUUUACUGUGUCGUCUUUAGAUGUUAAACAACAAAAGUGCGCCAAACUAUCUGACGAAUACAUCGACACCGACUACGCCUCUCGCUUCAGCUGUAGCUUAUUCCUUCCUGCUGCCAGUAGCGUUUGGUUUUAUUGCUGCCUUGGCUCUUAUUGGUAACGGGCUCUUUUGCAUUCUUAUACUGAAGAAUUAUCGGAUGCUCAGAUCUGCAUAUAACUUGCUGAUAUUCAGCCUGGCUGUGACAGACAUGAUAACAGGUAAACGUUUUUAGAAAUCAAAUCGGUCUUUUCCUUUUGUGACUGAGAAACUAUGGGACACUAAGAUCUCCAUACAUGAAUUACCAAUAGUUACACCUGGUGACGAGUGUGAAAGAGGUUUCCUACUUUGAUGAGACGGAAAUAAUACCGUAGUUGUAGCAUAAGACAUAAUUCCUAUGCAAACACAAAUUAGGAUCGAUUCGCAAAGCCUCGGGCCAAUUCUCCCUUAUCUUAUGCAUUUACUGCUCAUCUGGCUUCGUGUGCGGGUGUUCCGGGUGAGAAUAUAAAUUAUUACUAUCCAUCCUACGUGCGUGCAAAGUCGACAUAUAAACUUAAAGAAGGUCUAAGCAGCGUCCUUAACUUUUAAGGCUUGUAAAGGAUCUAUGAUGCUGUUAGUCACGUGCAAACCAAAGAAUUAUGCAGUCAGAUGUAUUCAAGAAACGAGAGGGAUAAUAAAGAGUGAAAUCAUUGCUCAAUGUCUUGUCAAACACAUAUUUCCACCUGCAGGGCAUAUACUUGUUGAUGUGUAUGCCAUCUCAAUUUUGUCUCAUUUUUAUUUUCAAGGGAUUUUUAUUGGUGUGACGCCAAACUACCUUUGCGGCCUCGGAUCCUACCGGGCUCCUGGUGGAUUACCUGGGGUAAUUUUCUGCAAAGUCAUUGGCUCCCAGUACUUCGUGUUUCUACUUGGUAAAGUUUCCUGUCUUACGGUCACGUGUCUUGCUCUGGAAAGAUGGUAUUCCGUGGUUAAGCCUGUCAAAUAUCGACUCAAGUUUAAAAGAGGAAGAGUUUACGGGUAUCUUGUAAUCAUAUGGAUAACCUGUCUCUUAUUGCAUUCACUUAUAUUGUUUCAAAUGACGCUUGAUGAAAAAAACCUCCGAUGUGUGUGGGUAACGUCCAAUUUUCCCAAACGACUAACACCAAUGACAAUCACCAUCGUGACAUUCUUUGUUCCAAAUGCAGUUACUUGGGUUACUUAUCUGCACCUUUCCUUUGCACUUAAGACAUCCCUAGCAAUUCAAUAUAAUGGACGUUUCGCUCGAGCAAGGCUUAGACUUCUUCAUAUGUGCGUUAUAGUUGCACUGUUAUUCACAGUAUGCUGGUUUCCAAAUCAGCUUUACUAUGUCCUGUCUUCUUAUGGCCUUGUUAGAUUAGAGUCGCCUUCUCAUCGCUUCACCGUCGUCCUUGCUAUGUUUAACUCGUGCAUCAAUCCUGUCAUUUAUUGCUCCACACACCGGGAUUAUAGAAAAAGGUUUCUUUCUUUGUUCCGUUGUGUCUUUAAUUCUUGGCUCUGCAAGAAACGAAGGGAGAUAAGUCUACCCAAAGAACACAGACUGCGAUCAAUGAGUGGGGAAUCUGAAGCGGAGAAAUUUGGCGGUGGUGUGGUGUUGACCAGUUUUCGCAAUUUGAUCAACCAAGGGUACGAGGUCGACAACUGUUCGCAACAGGAAACCAGUGGUGUUUGAAUUUAUCGCAAAAAUCUGGCAAUUUGCGUUCCGCUUAAGAACGAGGCACUUGGAAAACUUGUCAGUCAUCCCGUUUUUACCCUGGAUCUUAACUAGGAUCGCAGAAGCUACCCUAUUUUAUUAUACUGAUUAACCUUGUCAUACGUUGGCGUGUAUAUGGAAAGAAAUGAGAUAGAAGUGUACACUGAGUGACAGGAAGCGCAAUAGGAAUAGCCCUAAUUACAUCACUAGAGUCCCUGCAAGCUAAUGAAUACUUAUUAGGGAGCUUAAGCAGCGACGUUUUUGAGCGACGCACGUAAACCGGAAGUGAGGUAUUUUCCCUCUUAACAUGCCUUGAUGAUAUAAAAUUUGUAUUCCUUAGCUUCUUUACUUUUAUAGAGGCGAUUUGACUGAAAAUUUGCGCGAAACCACCGUCAAAAAAUGAAAAAAGGCCACAUCCGGUUGACGUGCGUCGCUCAAAAACGUUGUUGCUUAAGCUCCCUAAUAAGCAGCCGUCAAAACACCUUGCGAAAAAAUACGCAACUAAAACAUGUGAAAGUAUGUAUGGCAAAAAGAUGACGUAAUGCUCGGUAUCUUGUAACAUUUUGAAAGAGGCUAUAAAAGAUGUCAUGGAACUCUGCAUCAAAAACACGAUAGUGUUAUGUUGCUUUGUAUCGUCACACAAAAAUUUAACCAUUAGUAAGUAGAGCUCUUUAGCUUGUUUGUUUUAAUUUCCCAAAGAAAGUCUCAGGCCUAUUGGCCGUUUGUCUCUCCAUAAAUUGUGCGUACAUAUAUUGUUUUUCCCCUGUUCCCCCUGUUCUCUUGUUCCCCUGUUUCCCUGUUCCCUUUGUUCCCCUGUGUCCUCUGUUCCCUUUUUUUUGCUGUUCUCUCUGUUACCCAUUGUUCUCCUGUUCUCUUCGGGUACGAGAAGGUCAACAUGUUUGCCACGCACGUAGUUAUACAAAAACGGUAACCAUGAUUUCCCAGAAAAGAUAAUGACAUUAACCUUUUACCUUGUAGCCUACCCGUUUCUUCGGGGUAAGAGGCAAUUUACCCGUAAAACAACAACUCUGCACACGCAUCACGCUUUUUUGUACAUUUUGCUGCUGUCACUGCACGAUUACGACGUGAAAAUGCUUAAUUUUUCGUAUUGUGGAGGACGUGAACUCAAAACAAAGACUUUGUUUUUCUUUUCCCGAACUUCGUUACACUAUUUUAGAAUUCAACUCCAAAAAACAAUACUAGCUGGCAUGGAACGGUUCUAAAGUUGUUGUUUGAAAAUUAUGUCGAGUAGUCGAUCUAGGAAAGGUGUCAAGCUUCUUCUCCGAAUAUGAUUGGCUAAACUUUCUUAUGAAUUAACUAUACGAUGAGAAAAACACGACCUUAGGAGUCUAAUUACAACUGAAGCGUGGCUAACAACUUCUUACGGGUCAUUUACAGCUUGAAGAAUCAAUACAGUUAUGAUGUGACCAGGAAUAAUCUUAAGUAUUGUUAUUUAAAUAUAUACUUUUCACUUUUAAGCGAUACCAUCUACAGUGACAAUUCUGUUGAAUUUACGAAAAACAAGCCAGAAUUUAUUCAAAACUACGGCAGAACUGAACUAUUUCCUGGUAAUUUCUAACAAAAGACCAGUCAAGGUCGAGAUUUUAAACCAUGCCGUAUUCGUAAAUACGACAAAGCUAUGUUACCUGCUAAAAACCCGUAGACACCUGUCUUCACACUUAAUUCAUUAAAGGAGAAGGUAUCAGAUAAGUUAAAAUGUCUGGGUUAAAACUAAAAUUUCCAGUGCUUGCAUUUUUAUUGCUUAACAACAACAACAAAAAAAACAAACAAAACCCUGAGGGCGAAUUCAUUCAAAUCUAUUCUUUUGUUCGCCACAGAUUUAACUCAACACUGGUGAGUAAAGGAGUUUCGAAAGUAAUGCGCAGCUGCACUUUAUGCUAUCAGAAACGCUAUUAUUUGAACACCGUCUUUUUGAAAUUGCAUUUUAUUAAUUAAAAUCUUUAAUCUUAAGAGACAGGUCAAGGCAUUUUAUAGUUUCGACUAUAUUCUCCAAACUGGCCGUGGACGGUACUAUAUAUUAAUUAUAUCAAUCUGUAACGGAAACAAGAGGACCCUUAAAAAGAACUUAGAUAGGGAAUUAAGGCUUUGAAACAAAGUUUACAUGUAAAGGUCUUAUGGGUAGUUGCGAGAACCAUAAUAGGACUUGGUAGUGGCUUAGCAAUUAGCCCCUCCGCAACUCAAAAAUUAGGUGAUAAAUUAAAAUGUUGGCAAUGCUUUUAUGAAAUAGAUGAAAAACAAUUUUAGGCACUUGGCAUCUGGCUUUAGGAUUACGUUUAACUACUAAGUUAAUAGGUCAGCGAGUGAUUGUUACUAUACAAAAACGGAAAUCAAUUUUUGAGAAACUAGAAAAUUUAAAUAUAUCAUUUCCAUUUAAGAAUCCAACUUCGACCAACAUAUUACUACGGCUGAAUGUCAUGAGUCAUGAGUACUGGAGGAUUUACGUCCUAGAGAUCGAUAAAGAAACUGUGUUGUUGCGUCGCGAUCGAAAGCAGUGUGAAAUACAAAGAUUGAGUUUUAUCAACUUUAGUAGGCAAGGUAGGUUUACCACCGAAGGGGGAUUGAGUGGAGCAGACGGUUCGAUUAGCCCUUUGUCAAAGCGUAAGCACCACGUAAGCACUGCAAACAAAGCCAUUCAAGAGACUAAAGAGAACCCCUCCAGUCCGUCUCUAGAGACCUUUAGAUUCGAGGACGAGAACGACUACGAGUACGAGAUUUGACUUGAAGUUUUUUCGCGUAUUCUCAAAAUAUAGACUUCCCGAAAAGCUUCAUUUUACCGUUUUUCACUAGAAAAGUUAGCACUGUUACCUUUAGUGAAGGAGGUUACGCGCUUUCCCCAUCGCAAAAUGAUAAAACUUCUAAUUAUAACAUUUGAUAACUUGUUUUCGCCACACGACAUUCGCGCUAAAACUCGUAGUAGAAUGACGACGGCUACCGCGUUUUCCCGCCAAAAUGAAGCUGGUUCACGCGCGUGCACUACUUAAUGUUGAGAAAAUCUCGUACUCGAAGUUGUACUCGUCUUAGAAUCUAAGGGUCUCUUCUGUCUUACCGAAUAAGACCUAGCAAAAAAUUUUUCUUCAACAGGCGAGCUUUAGUUAGAGAGAGUAGAAGCUAUUCUCGGAUUCGGUUUCUUAUUUGGCUUAAGUUAACAAGUCUUCACUGGCCCUAGUGUCCCAAAAUCCGAAUAGAGGUUUUGGUCCGCAUCCGUAACUUACAUUUCCAAUUUUCUACAAGGAAUAAUAUUAAAGGCCACAGGCUGUCUGCCACAACACGAGCCAUCAUUGUUAGACCAUCUAAAGAGGGACAUGCACGAUUGCUUCUGAGGAAGUCGAGAAUUACUUAAGUAUUUUUUGUGGCGAAAAAACUGGAAAACGUUUGAUGAAAAGAUGUCUUAACGUUUUAGCUGAUUUUAGUUCUUUUCUUUUCUUUAUUUUUCGCUUUUAGCCUCUCGUUGUCCAUGUUUUGUUAUUAUUUUUUUCUACAGAUCAAAUAUCUAAAAUAAAUAAUAUCUGCCUCGCAUUUGUCAAUUCAUGCUCACUACAUAAUCUGCCAAAUGCUACAAAUGAAUAAAUAAUCCUUUGCCAACUUUCCACGGUUGCAGCCAAUGGUUGAAUUGCGGAGGAACCAGCCGAAUGUGUGACCAGACGUGGGCAUGUAAAGGCGCGCUAUAUAAAUACAGUUGCUUCAGUCGAUGUCUGCGUCUCACCUCGCCCGCCUAAACCAAUGACGUCACAAACCAUUGCUAUUUCUAGCACGUGUUCAAAUACACUAACAACUAAGUCCCAUCAAACUAAAAUCUGGCCUAAUAACAAUGAAGCUAGCAGUUAAUUUAUGUCUUUGAAAUGAGAUGUUUUCGUCAUAUCUGAAAAAUACCGUGUAAGACGGCUUCUGGCCCAUUCACACUACGAUUUAUUAACGGGACUGUACUCUAACACAAACUUAAAGCAAGGGGUACACAUACAUCAACCCACGGCCUGACCAGUACCUCACGCAUGCGCACAGCCAUAUCACCCGGUCAGUGGCAGCCAUGGACAGUUGUUUCACCCUUAUUGGGGCUCAUCAGCAUGGCAUAGCCGUCGGGUCUAUGAACGGGCUAACCAGUGUCUCAAAGACCCAUUACUCUCGAGGCGAGUGAAAAGUACUCCUUUAAGCGCAAGGUCCAUGAGCACAUUUCGUUUAUAUUUUUGAGCGCUUUUCGGGACAUUUUUUCUUAAAGUUUUCUUAGAAUAAGAUUGUAAUGGGAAAAAAGAUCCUUGAGCCGUGUUUGGAUGUAAUAAUGAUCGCCUUUUUCCCGAGAAAUAUACAGUGAAAGACCAUUUUUCUAAUACUAAACUAGAAAAAGGCGAUCAUUAUUACAUCCAAACACGGCACAAGGAUCUUUUUUCCCAUUACAAUCUUAUUCUAAGAAAACUUUAAGAAAAAAUGUCCCGAAAAGCGCUCAAAAAUACAAACGAAAUGUGCUCAUGCCCCCUGGGCAUCCUAUAAUACUCCUUAAAUCGAAUUAAUUCAAUAUGGCCGCCGUAUCGGUAAAAAGGUCUAUUGCCUAACGAUGAAGUUUUUCUUUCAUUAAGAUCUUGGUAAAUCUGCAGUGCAACGUUCUAAUUGAAGAAGGAAACCAACAUUUUAAAGUGAAAAAAACCUUAUGAAGAAAUAGAAACACUCCUCCCUGCUACAAAAGACUUAAUAUACCUUUUGUGUUAAUAUGAGCUAUACUGCAUUAAUUUUCGAGUGACAGGUGCUAAAAAGAGUUAUAGUUUUUGCAUCAAAUCUUCCAUCAGAACUGAUUAUGCUCUCUUCGUUUCUUAUGUUUAUUUUUGCUUUUAAUUCAGUUUUUAGCCAUCUAAAUGUUAAUAGCAACGACGGAACUUAUAAUUGAAAAAUACCAAAAGGCCACCGACUUUAAAACUGUGAUUAGGGCUGGAUCUUCUGGUUUAAUUUUGGAAUUGUUUUUAAUCAUGAAAUAUUCUUCAUAAAAAAAAAUACUACCAAAGGGGCCGCUAAAACUAUGAAUCGGUAUUAUUGAGGCUCUAAAAUAAAUUGAAAUUUCCUCGCAAUUGACAGGACCAAUUUUUCUUUCCUUUUCUAAUCUUGGGGACGCUUCCUAAGAAUUUUAGCUCGGGGGUUAAAACAAAAAGACUCUUUUGCUGCCUGUCGUCCUUCCUGGCUGCUUAAACUUCGUUGAAUGAGCGACGGCUAGAAAUUAAAGAGCCGUGAUCUUCGAAACAUCAAAAAAAGGAUAACUCCCUGGAUAAUUUCAAUUAGGCAAAUUUUGUUGUUGCCUUUUUCCCCACAUAAUUCAAACUCGCUCACGUUUGCAAUUGUCAGUUAUGGGGUAAAAACUCUUGGGUUUGCACAUCCAUGGUGAGCUUAAUAUCCUCAAUUGUUGGUGGUGUACCAUAAAGUUAUUUACUUGCAGAGUGGAUCUUUUGCUCAUGAUAACUUUCAUGUAUUUAUAAUUAUUUUUUUAACAAUGUCGUUGGCAUUUUAAUCUUAACUGCUUGAGCUCUCUCAUGAACUGUAGACUUUCUUUUUAUCGAGAACCAAAAGGAAAUUGGACUUUUUCGAUGGACUGAAAACUACUUUAUCAAUUUGCAAUGUAAUGAAAGUGAUAAAAAAGCAAACAAUUUUGUACUUGUUAGCAAAGUUGCGAUAGAAUAUAUUUAAACAGUGAAUGGUGUGUGCCAUUCAAACAUCAAAGAGACGUGGCCGUCUGUAAUGCUCAACACCUGCAACGAUUUUAUCAAAAUCUCCAUAACGCGACGACAUUAGCGCCCAGAGGCAACAAACGAUUGCAGUCUGGUUUAAUUGACUACUCUAUUAAGUAACAGUACACUCUCUCCUUGUAGCCACUUGGGCUUUUAAACGACAGGCUGUAGUUACGAUCAGCAUUGUAAAAAUCUGUUUGAACUGUACCUUCGAAAAGCUUUCGUAUAAGCGACCACUCCCGAGAGCGACUGCGACUGCGACCACUUUUGUGAAUUACCGUCCGGUCUUUUCCUUUUUAAUUAUUUAACGUAAGCAACCACUCAGUAACAAUUACAUAGUAGGAACAGCAUUUACUUUCGGAAUCAAUUUUAGUGUUAAAUUUGGCCGUAAGCAUAAGCGCUAAUGGUUCGUUGAUUUGUACGUGAAAGACUAAGUAAUGAAAACUUUAUUCAAGAUUAUUAAGUACAAUGUCAUCUCCAAGCUUUCUGCUAAAAGGUCUCAUAAGUGGCCGGCCAAUGGAGGUCUAUUAUAUGGUCGAAAGACCGCUUUCGUAAAGGAACAGCUCCAGUUACGAACACUUCUAAGAAUUCCAGAGGUCUCAGCACGAACAUUGAUUUUAUUUGUAAUAAGUGUUACGCCAGUGAAACUACAAUGUAAAGCAAAUAUUGGUGAAGAUUUGGAAUGAAGUAAAUCACAUUUUUUGUUGUGUUUCGCAACUUUUCAGCUUUAACAAGGUGCUUGAUCAAGUUGCCAUUUAAGACAUUAGUAGCGAGAAGCAACUUAAUAAAUCAUCUACCAUAUAUACAUCAUUUGAUUAAAAUGCAAAUUAAUAAAGUCUGGAGGACUUAAUGUUACGCCGUUCUCUUCGAAACAGGUGAAUGCAAGUCAGACAAAACUGCUAUAUGCGUGGACACUACUAGGCCACAAACACGGGAAUAUCGAGAUAAAAACCGAUUAAAACUCUUCGAGCGACUCUAAGAGAAAGUACCUAUGGAAAAGCCACUGGUCCUUCAAAUUCUGUUUGGUGUGAUUUCAUUGCUGUCCUUCGGCGGGAAUGGUUUGUUCUGUUUUGUAAUAACGCGUCAUCACCGUGUUCUCCUCAGAUCACCAUAUCAUAUUCUCAUUUUCAGCUUGGCCAUAACUGACAUGUUAACUGGUAAGUUAACUGUGUUACUAUAUAAAUCACGUUUGAAAUGUCAAUUUGAUUUCAUUUGGAAAAUGGCUUAAAGGGACACAGUCAGCUGAUGACAUGGGCAUCAGAUACCAUUUCUCGGCUGAUUUGUGUGUCAUAAGUCGCGCGCGUGAAACAGAAGGUAAGAAGCGCAUCGGGGAUACUCUAAGUUCCUCUAAACAAACCUUGUGAAGUUGAACUAAUUAAGCUUAAUUACCAGCCAAAAUCAUGAUUAUAGACCCCAAACUAUAUCAUAGCACGCAUCUUUUCUAUAUACCCUCGCGAAUUUACCACUGUUCACCGAUGGAUUUGUCCAGGGAAAGCAAAACAUUGACGAAUACUUCCGAAUUCAAAGAAUCAGUAGAGAUGAGAAAUGCGAGUGACACGAAGUCUGAAUCAUUGCCAAAGGUAGAGAAAGCUCGAUUUUCCAAAUCAAUAUGUAACGCUUCUACAUCGAUUGUCCAAGUGCAUAUGAAAAUUAUUUGAUCUCAUGCUCUGUUAUUGAUUCAUUUCUCUUGUUAUUAUCUAAUGGUAAACGAAGGCGAUUUUUCCCGCAAGGCGCCUAAUCACUUUUCUCACAUCUUCUUUUCAUGUUCCUUUGGAUGCUGUUUUUAACCAAAUAUGAUAAAAUUAUGUAAUGCGAUGAGUAAAAAUUUGCUCAAAAAGAGGUUUACAGUUAAAGAUCGAGGAUCGAAUAAAACACUAGGCAAGAUUGAAGCGGAUUUCUAGAUGUAUCCGACGAGUGCAUUUGUAUGGUGUUCAUAUGAACGCCAUACAUUUGAUUUCGGGUUGAUGUAAACGCUUUUCAAAUUGGCCAAAGUAGUGUCCAGGUCAGCGCGGUCCCAUAGUUGACUGUGUCCUUGUGUUACCGACCUGCUAGCAAACGAAAUGCCAAUGAGAUUUUGUAGCCCCAUAGAGUACCGCAUUUUAUAUAUAAAGUAUUACAGUGAAAUUAUAUUGCGGUCAAGUUGAAAACAUGGUAGUUUCUCUUGAUACGAACUCCAAUAAAGAGUGGAAAAGCUCAAAACGAAUCCCGAAAGCUAAGAAAUUUAACUCCUCAUAGUAUUUUUUAAAACGUAAUAUUGCUUAAGACUAACUUACACGCUGGGUCGAGGUCCAAGAAAGGAACGAAUCUAAUUUAACAAAGGAAAACAAGUGGGAUGCGGGAAAAUCGACAAAACGAAAUAAGGUUUUUCAUGUCAUACUGAAGAACGCUCGUUAUGCAGAAAGAAAACGAACAAAAAAAUGAAAGUGUUAUUAGAAGAAACCGUUGAGAGCCAUUAAUCGGGUAAAUGUCAACUGAGUUUAUCAAAAUACGCGUUGAAAAAAAAGGGGAAAGCCAGACAUUUUGUUGGUGCUCCCUUAAAAGCAACAAAUACUGAAGAAACCACUAAAGAAUCGAAGAGGGAGCACUCUCGAAACGUCUGGUUUUCCUCCUUUUUCAACGCGUGUUUUGAAAAACUUUAACAUUGCCAAAAAUUAGCUCGCUUCAGGCUCCGACCUACACGACUUAAUCUACGAUCAUUUUUCAGUAAAGUUGGUAUUAAUUGAAUGUAUACAAUUUAGCUACAUUAUUUCUUUUUUAUGUUUCCAGGUGCUUUUAUCGUCGGAACGCCAGGUUACAUUGUCAAUCUAGAUUCCUUUCCAGCCCCUCAAGGUCUAGGCGGAGAACUGUUCUGUCGUUUGAUCAGUACUCAGUACUUUGUGUUUGUCUUUGGAAAAGUGUCCGUGCUGACAAUAGUGGCGCUAGCACUAGAGAGGUGGUACUCGGUGGUAAAACCCAUCUCCUAUAAACUGAAGUUUAUGAGGAAGCGUAUUUACAUCUACAUACUCGUUAUCUGGCUUUUGAGUGCCAUAACAAACGGCUCUAAGCCGCUCAAGGCUCAGUUAGACGAAACGUCUCAGCAUUGUACAUGGAGCAGUAUCUCCUACCCGAAGGAGAUCUUCAUACCAUGUUACACAACAUUAACAUUUUUCAUUCCCAUCACCAUAAUUUGGAUUUCAUUUCUACAUGUCUCCAGGAUACUGAAAACAUCGCUAGCAGAACGCGAAAGUGAAAGAUUUCGCCGCACUCGCAAAAAGUUAACGCAGAUGUGUGCGUUAGUAGCUGGUUUACUGACAACAUGCUGGCUGCCGAACCAAAUCUUCUACACACUUUCUGCAUUCGAUAUCACCACAGCAGAAACCGCUUUGCAUCACUUCACCAUAGUUCUUGCUAUGUUUAACUCCUGCGUUAAUCCCUUGGUAUGCUGCUUAACUAACAGAGAUUACAAGAGGGCUGUGAAGCGAACUCUUUGCUGUUGCCGCUUUAAGUUACUUUCACGACACAACACAAUUUCUGUCAAUUACGUUAUGAAUGACUUAAAACACGCUGAAGGCGUGGUUUGUGGACUGAAUUUUCGUUAUUUAAAUUCUAGUUUUACGUGCGCAAGUGAAGACAACUCAGUGGUAGCUGAGGAACGAUUAUAGACAUUCGAUCCCCUCAAGGCUACAAGGAUUUUCUUAAUAUUCUUCUUAAUUUAAAAUCAAUUUUCCUUAUUAGAAUACAUUUUUUGCCGGUCAAUCUUUUAUGAAUUUAAUUCUCUUCUCAUGGGGGUUUAUUCAUGAUGAAUACCUUAUCAAGGUGGGGCGUUUAUCGAAGGCGGCGCUUGUUAGGAGCGCACUUACAUAAAAUUUUCUCAUUCGUAAAUAACAAGGUACUGCACAUGUUCCCAAUCUUUCUUUGUUUUGUUGAAAAACGAUAGAAACAGCGAAAGACACUUGAUAAAAGAUAGUUUGUAGGUUCUAUUUUCCCCUCUAGUCGGUCGUACUGCAGCAUCAACAGAAUAGUUAACGUCAUUAUGCGCUGUAUUGUUGCUCGAAGGGUGUGAGGUAAAUUUAGCACGCUACUUAUGCGUAAUUUGUGAUCUUCUGCAUGUUUUACGGGAACUACUGUAGAAAACUGAAUGCGUUUAAGGAUCUUUAAGUCCAUAAUGGUUUCAGUUUAGAUUUAAUGAACUACCCCAAGACCACAGGUAAAAGUUCAAGUUUUAUAAAGAUAUUCAUUUUUUCCCAGCUCGACUCAAGUUGUCAUCAGUUAAAGAUACUUUUGCUAGUGGUUAACAGCACUGAUCCGUAAAUGCCCAAGCAUCAAUCACAUUGGGAAUGUGUCUACUUGCGGUCAAGAGAUGAUCAUGAUUCUUUUUUAGUAGAAAUGACAUAGCCUGCGUAGCAACCGUUUCCGUUUGGUUUCGGAGCAAAGAAAGACCGAGGAACGGGAUUCACCGUUUUGGCCGCGCGAGAAAUGAAACAAGAGCCAAAAAAUGAAAGUGGGGGGAGGGGGAGGGGAGGGAAGGAUUCCUUCCUUUCUUCCCCACCCCCUCCCCGCUCUUUUAGUUGAGCCAUUUUUCGCGCGGUCUUUGACUCUCGUUCCUCGUUCUUUGCUCCUUAACCGCACAGAAACGCCUGCUACGCAGGCUAGAAAUGACACUGAGUGUAAGCGUCCGACGUGACGUCAGCGUAUACAACAUUAUCCUCUUUGGAGACCGUUUACGAUGACCGAUGAUGUCUUUUGCGUGUGAACGGAAAUCCUCAUACUUGAGACUAAGAAACGUAAUACCUGUUUGCGGAGACGUUUAACAUACGAACGCUACUCUUUGUACAUUUACCAUUUGAAACGUUACUAUUCCUGAAGAAGAUUACUUCCGCUAGUUGGACUGAAUUGAGUUAGUUUCCCACCUUGUCAAGGUUAUAAAAUGUGACCAAAGUUUCAUUUUUUUCCUGUGUUGCCGAGUAACGGUGUACUGACAUACAAUCAUGUUUCCAGGGCUUUUUAUACCAUUCUUUGUUCCUUAGAACAUUACCUGUCUCAAAAUAUAAUCAAAGACUUCUUAAUAAGCAACACAGCCAGUUAGCGAAGUCUUCAAAGAAUUAAAAAGUUAACAACCAAGUUAAGAACCACAAUACUGAAUUUUUGUGGCGUGAUUUCCGUGAGCGGAUACUCCCUUGGGUGUCUAACCUAUCACGCACUUCAUGAGACAUUACGUCAUUUCCGUUUCUUCUUGUGGAGUUGAAUGACCGGUAGCCUUGUCCUGUUUCACUGCACGCCACGUCCCAUCACGAACUGCAAAACAGGAACAGGUAAUCAACGGACGCAAGUAAAAGAAGGGAUAAGAUUGGGGCACCAGUAACAGGUAACUAACUGUACACUAUAUAUACAUUCACUGUUUCGUAUUGUAAUUGUUGUCUGAAGACAUUCGUUAGUAUAUAUUGAUUCCCAUCUUAUUGGCCAUUGUCUUCUUGUAAGUCGAUGUUAGGCAAUUGAUAGCAUUUAAAUACAUUGCGACAGAACAGAAUUUUAAUGAUUAAAAUGAUUUUGCUUUUGAUAAAGUAACAAAGCCGUUAAAUAAAUCGAAUGUGUAAUGAUUUAAGAUAAUCGAAAAGAAAAUCGUUUAACUUUUUGUCUGUUUCAAUCUUUAUUCUAAGCUGUCGUAAAUUUCGCGAGCGGACCAUUUUAAUCAGCCUUAUACAAACAUACACUUCCGUUGACAAAUGAAUGCAUUAUGUAGUUUAUAGCGGUGUGGUUUCUUCCUUUUACGUUGUUAUAUCUUCAAUUGAUGUAAUCAAGAAAAACCAGCGAGAGUUUGAAGGCGGUCGAUAUACAUGUAUUACAGUCGAACCGCGAUGUAGCCGAGGCCUAAAGGACUGGCAAAAUCUGUUCGUUAUAGAGAGGUUUAUUUCCACAUAUUUUACUGUUACUGGGGCAAAUAAUAUUGUUCUUUAUGGAGGACUUCGUUAUGUUGGGGUUCGUUAUAUCGACAUUCCGUUGUUUGACCCUAUCACCCUGAAGUAAGGAAUAGCAAAUGGGCCCUUGGCAAGGGGAUUCAGUGCCAUUACUUUUUUGUGGAGAGCCUCUACAGGGUUUACAUCAGUCACAUGAUUUAAUAAAUCCAAAAUGAUAACGAGCAACUGAUUCAUUAGCCUGUGUACAACCGCCCAUUCCCUCUCAAACAAAAUCUCUCUCCCUGAUUUUGCUUGAGGGGAGGGGGUACAUAGGCUAUGGAUUCAUUUAGUUCGGCACAAAUAGAGAUAUUUUGACGUCUACAUCUCAAGAUGUGAAGCCGGGUCAAGAUCAGGCAGCCUCAAACGGUAAAUUAGAGAAGCAACUUCCGUGAACUCUUCAGGACAUUUUUUUCCAUUUUUAGUCAUUUGUGCAGACCUCUUUGCGCACGUCUGCGUCGGAGAUUUUCUCGUCGGAGAAUUGAGGGUGUUUCUCAACGAAAAAAGUUGUCAAAUUGUUGUCACUUGUGUUUUUUCCUCAGAACUUUAUAGUGCAUAUAUUCAUUCCCAUUUGCGUGUUCCUUUCAGUUAUCUCCUGAAGGUUAAUAAUCUCCGGAAAUAAUAAAAAAAAUUAUCAAAUCCUCAUUCAUUAUCCAUAAUCUCAUCAUUUGAGGGUAUUGAAAAUUGGGUAUAAGUAUUGAAAUCGUUUAAAAGUAUGGUGCCGAAAGCGGUGCCAGCCAAGAGCUCAAUAAUAGUCUUAAAGACCCACCACCUCGUUACUGUCAGACUGAAUUAAUCACUGUUUCCUAUGUCACGAAACUGCGCACGCUCGUCAGCGAACGACUUUUAAGUUAAAACUUGACUGAAGGUUGGCCAACUUUUUCAGCUUCGCGGGGCUAUCUCUGUAGCUAUUUCAUCACCGAGAAUCUUGGCCAUCUGAGAGUAUUUUUUGCUGUGGACGACGCAGUAAGAGAACUGCUAAAUGUUCUCUUUUUCUAUCAAUUACGAUCUCUCGUUCUUUCUUCAGUUUCUUAAAAUCAGCGUGGCUGUUUGUUAUUUAUUUAUUUCCUUAUUGUAAUAAAAUUCUCUAAUGUUGUGAUUUCCUAUCAGAAGCUCUGAUUUCAACAUUUCAUUAUAAAGUGUUAUGCUUAAGUAUACUCUUUUUAUUUUAUAAGAAUAUAUUUUAUAAGAAUAUCGAGGCUGAAAUUUGAGAAAAUUUAAGAAUAUUUCAAGAAUAAACUCCAGGCUGAAAUUUUGAAAAGUUUAUUGUUUUCGCCUGUUUUGUAUGUUGAAAAUCUGUAAAUACAAUACAAAUGUACCUUUUUAACUGAUUCCUUUCUCUUAACGACAAAACUAGCCAAAACAAAAUGAAAAAACCUGCAUUAACCUUAAUUGAUACUCUGAUGUAUUCUGGAACGAAAAUGUCAUAAGCUAUAAUUUAAGAAUAAUAACAAGAAUAUUUUCAGCCUAUAAGAUCGACAGAAAAAUAAGAAUAUUCAGCCUGGACCGGCAAAACAACAUUCUUAUAAAAAGAGAGUAUUUGGUCAUCAUGUGUGCUGUAAUAGGACAUUUGUACCUAAACGAGUUCAUUUUUUCUUCACGUCUUGCAAAAAACUGCAGGAACGUCUCGCGGCCUCCUGAUAGAACCAGUGGCGGAUCCAGGGGAGAGGCUCGGGGGGCCCGCCCCCCCUUAUUUUUAAACCAAACUGGGCCGAAAAAAUAUUUUUUGGAGACCGGAGUCCCCCUUAUCUCAGGGUCUGGUUGACCGUCCCCCCUUCCCCCCUUAUCUGAAGGUCCGGAUCCGCCAUUGAGGACUAACACUUAAAUUUUCACAAAAUGAUAGUUGAUGAAAGAUCUUCGUUUCGUUCAGUUCGUAGCCUGCAUAACAGGCGCUUUAUGAGCCAAGCGAGCCGAAUGCAGCAGUUCGUGAUUGAAAAAAUCAGGCUCCUGCUACGCGAUCAGAUGCACUAGUCCGAUUUUGUUGGGCUCGUAUGUUGCCUCCACUCAGCCCGAUCCUAUUACCAUUAUCCAUUGUAGGAUCUCGUGCUUCUGCUUUUCUGCUGUAGUCCUUGGCAAGAAAACCGUUAAUCCAGAUGUUAAUUCAUUCUAAUCUUUUUAUGGGUGUAAUUUGUUUUCUAGCGGGCUCCCUCACAGACAAUACAUUGAUAAUUAACAGCCUGAUAAUGCACGCACCGUAAUUUUUAGGGAGUUAUUAUAACUCCAAAGUUGGAGUAAAAAUAUUAGGUACAGGAUAACCCCCUUUGGGGGUUACUUUAACUCCUAAUUUAACUCCGAAUUUGAGGUCAUUUUACUUCGGAAAAAGAGUUCUUUUUACUCCCAGUCUGGAGUUAAAAUAACUCCGAAAUGGGGUUAUUUUUACUCCUUACAUGGGUUGUUUUUACUCUUUUUGGAGUUAAUUUAACUCUGAAAGUGGAGUAAAAAUUUUAGGUACAGGAACUCCUUUUUUGGGGUUAUUUUAACUCCUCAAUAUCUGGGAUCACUUUUACUCCUGAAAAAGAGUUCUUUAAACUCCUUUCACGGGAGUUGAAAUAACUCCCCAAAAAAUAACUCCACUGUAAGGAGUUAAAUUAGCCCCACUAGAGGAGUUAUUAUAACUCCUUGAAAAUUACUGUGCGGUGAGUCCGGUCUUCAGGCUUUUAACCCGAAGUUCGAUAAGGCAAGGCGAGGCCUUUGCACUGUUUUCGACAUGAAACGUUUGUGUCCACAAUAAGAUAGACCGUUCUCUCUACGGGCACGGGUAGAUCAUGUUUGUCACCUAGGCAACCAAGAUUUCCUAUAUGUCUAGUAACGACACCAACAGCGUUCUGGCCUCCUGUAGUUGUUACACUGGGGUAAGACGAGGAAAUCUAUCCCAACUACAAUUAUGAGCAAUUAAUGGAAACAGUGUAUUUUUUUAAGGUCUUUAAUACUGUAAAUUCCAGUAGCCGAAAGGAGAAUGGCGCAAUGUCUGGGUUGCGGGCAAAGUCUUCGGGGUGGUGAGGAUGGGCUUAAAACUUCUCACCCCUCCCCUCACAUGAGUGGCUGGCUUGCCAAUCAUUAGAUAAAACUCUCUUUGAAAGCUUGUUGAUUUAUCUGGUAGAUAGCGUUAAUUUAUUCACAUGUGUAAGCAACUGGCGCCAGGUGUAUAAGCGGGUAAAAUGGCGAAAACGAUGAUAAACCAUAGCAUCUCUUCUUCUCUAUGUUCGGGACAGCUUUAGUUCCCAGAUAUCAUGAGAUAUAAACAACAGGUUAAUCUGCCAGUAGACUGUGAGUCUGCAGCCACCCGCAGUUAAAACCUCUUCAGCUUCUUUAAGGUUAGAAGGCUCUAGAAAACGUAACCCUUUUGCUCCUCGAGUCACUUAUAAAAAUUUAAAACUUUUGCUCUUCGACUAACGUUUGGGUCUAUGAGCAAAAUUUGAUGAUAUGAUGCAGCUUAAAAAGUGAAGUUUGUCUGAGCUGAACUUCCCUGUGAUACUGUUUAUGCCGGAGAAGGGUGCUCUAACGUUUACGUUCGAUUCGUAAAAAAAUGCCGGCCAUUUUAUGGAAGCUACUGAGGUGAGGUGCUAAGUUUGGUUCUGUUUAUGCGUCACAAGGUAGACCUAACUCUAUUCCGUAGACGAAAAUCUAAUUUGUGACCAUGAAAGUUCUCUAGUACAACAGUACUCAUUCAGCGUGUUUUUCAGUCUGUUGGCAAAAUGAAUCGAAAACUACAUUUUUCUUGAUUUUCAAUCAGGGUGCUCGGGUGAGUGAAAGAAUUAUGAUGGGAUUGCAUGAACAUAGUGAGAAAAGGAGUUCAAUUGUUAGUUUAUCACCACAUUAUUACAUUUGUAAGUCUGGAGAGAUAGACAAAACAAACUGAACCACCGCUCAUAAUUCUCAUGUUAUUUGCAUAAAAUGGUUGUAUUUAUAUAGCACGACUAAAUAAUGAUUUAUUAAACAAAAACAAUAAUAUUUUAAAAAUUUACACGCUUCGAUGCGAUCCUGAACCUUGCAACAAUUUUGAAUUCUAUUGGAACAAUAACCUCACUUGAAUCAUUAUUUCAGCUCAAGCACUUGAUGGUCCAUUAACGUUAUAUUUUUGUCUUCAGAAAUUAAAGUAAAUUGGUAACUUUGUUUAAAUAGUUUCUAUUUCAAAAUAUGAUUUGGCAUGUCCACUUAGUCGCUUAAGGGCAAUCAAUCAUUUUUACCAAAGAGCUCUUUUGUGAUAUUUUAUGAUGAGAAAAUUCCUCUAUUUUUUGCUGAUAUCGGUAUUGUUUAUAAGAGCUCCCGAAACGUGCGAUACUCUCGCAGCCCGGAUGUCGUCCUUUCAAUGUCAGAAGUCUUCCUUUGAUCAGUUCCCAGAAGGAAAUUGAGAAGACAAACUUAUCUGUUAUCAAAAUCGAAAGUUAUUGCGGUUUCAUUCAAGAAUAAACUUUAGAAGGGCACAAGCUAACCUGAUUGGUUGAUUUUGAGAAGAAAAAUAUAGGCAUUGAUCAACAUUUCCGCUGACAAAUCUAACAAGAAAUAUCAGUCAGAUCUUCAGAAGCAGAGCACUGAACAAGUAAUAACAGGAAGGUAAAAUCUUAGCGUUCAUCUUCUAGGCGAAUGUGGUCGUAAAGUGUUUCAAAUCAGGUUAACUUUAAUUGAGCGAGGUAUGAAUUGCAUGCGCUUUGGUUAUAUUUAGGUACAUUUAAAAUAUCGAAUAUUUUGUAAAUUGUAAAUAUUUCCGGUAGCUUCAUAGCUUGAUUAGUUCUUUGGAAAUAUUGAAAAUGACUUUUUAUUUCUCUACAAAAUAGUUUCGAACAUUUUCGAGAAAGUUAUGUUGCACCUCAAAGUUGGUGUAUUUUGAAAGAAUCCUUAUAAGAUUGGGAGUUAAUUUCUGUACGUGUGGGACUGGAUUUAUUUCCAGCAGAAACCAAACUUCAAGCAAACUGCAAAAUAUAUUCUUUAAUACAGCUAAAAUUGAUUAAGGGCGGUUCAUAUUCAUUAGGACAUGUGCACAAUAUUUGCAAGCGCGAGCUAGUUGUGGUCUAACACGUAUACAAAAGAGCUGUUGACAUAAUUGUGAAAAAUUUGGAGAAUGUUUUUAUAGCUCUUACUACUUCCCGAUUUCGCUUUGCCUUUGUUCCAAAAACUGCCUAUGCCAUGAUUUGCAAGACGAGCCUUGAUUUUGAAUUGGCACCUGCGGUGAUGUAGACUCCAUUUUUGAAAAUUUGGAGCAGUUUAAUCCCGAUUUAGCCUUGCCUAGGUUACGAACCGGGCCUCAGUUGCAGUUGCAUCCAAGAAAGGGCUUUUUGGAGAUAAGUUGAAGAAAUCAUUUGCAUAUUUCAAUAAAGGCGAGCUGCCAAAGGUUGUUUAUAGCUCAAGCAGCUGUCACCAUCUCAAGCACUCACCGUGACCACCUCACCCAAGUUACAUAUAAAAGACGGAUAACACUAUGCAGUCGAUAAAACACCAUCCAGUUCUACUGAGUUUUCCUAAUAGUCAGUCCGCUAACUGGUGAUUUAUCGGGCGAAUAGCGUUAGCUAUCCAACAAUUGAAAACCUCUGAGUAUUGUGCGACUCAACAAAUGUCGUUCAAUAAUUCAUAUGAAAGGAAACUACUUAAACUUUUUAAGAACCUAUAUCGAAAGUGAAUAAUCUUCACUAUGCUCUCCAGUCACCCUUGCAGCGACACUUUCAGCUGCACGAGGCACUGUUACUUACGAGGCGAGUGCGCUAGAACAUGGACUAGAUAUACAGUUAUCUGUUGGACCUAAUUGCUUUCAGGUUUUUACAGCCAGUGCAGUACCAUCUAAUUAUAAUAAUGAAAAGUCGGAUGUUAAUCACUAUUAGGCUUGACUAAAGUUAGAAGUGGGCUCAUCCAUAUUGUGUUACUUUUGAGUUUGUAUUAUGACUGCCUGACAUCACGUUUUCACAGUAUUCCAUUUUGUUCUCAGUACAGUGAAUACAAGAUGCUGAAUAACUCUGCUACCGUGAGUCCGGGUCCUGCUCAAGAUCAGUUUGAUCCGCAUAUGGCCUUUAGAGUAGUUAUGGGAAUCAUUGCAGUCGUGGCCUUCUGUAGUAAUGGCCUUCUCGUGGCUACAUUACUCUAUAACAAAGCGUUAUUACGAACGCCAUACAACGUGCUCAUUUUAAGUCUGGCUGUCACGGACAUGACAACAGGUUAGUUGGUUCCUUAUGGCUGAAUUUGCAGUAAAAAUAUUAACGAAACACCCCCGGGGGUACUCUUUAUAAUGGCCUAUACGGGAAGGCUCUGGGUGAAAGGACGGCACUGACCUGUUUCAGAUGGGGGUUUCACUUCUUGAGGUAUGUAAAAUACUAGGGAAAUCUGUCAUUGCGGUCUGUGAAAAGUCCUAAAAUGCCUAACAGGCACAUUUCAUAACUGUUUAAAAGGCUGCAUGGUUUAGUCAGCGAUUAUUAAUCUUUAAAAAACGGCGCAUUUGCAGUAGUUAGAAGGGAUGCAGCGUUCCAAACAAGUAUGUGAAAGGAGUACCAUCUGUCAACAAAAGGAAUACGAAAGGGGUACUUUUUCUGUCAAAAAUGCUAUAUAAAAGGGUAAGGGUCUAGACCUCGGGGCGAAGCCUCCCUGUGUAAAUUUUUGUUCAGUAUCCCCCGGGGAGCCCCCAUCUUUAAGCGGACGCAAUCGUAAGAAGGUCCUGCCCUUUCCGUCCUUAUUUUGUGUAAAACAAUCCUGUAUUUAGGCAACACUUGUAAAAAGGGGACAAUCAGAAGCGAAAGUCCCGUGACAGUCCGCUUAAUACAGGUGUCUCUGUAUUUAUGAUGUUUAAGUAGUUAAAUCUUUUGUUAGUAAUGACUGAGUUCACACGCCUUAAUUACGCAUGCUCAAUGCGUUUGAAACCACAGCGGAAAGAGUAUCAAAAACGCGGUUACCCUCACUCCUUUAUUUAUUCUGGCGUGUCAUCUAAACACCUACAAACAAGCUAGAAAAUCAUUUUUAAGCCCGGCCUGGCUUCUUCUUAUAGAAUCAUGACGCAUGACGCUAAUUUCAAUAGUUCUUAUCGCACUCGUCUAUUGUGAUCAUCAUUUAGGUUAAUUCGAAAAAGAAAACCAGAUAUGCAUAUUACAUCAUCUGAACUUACUGUACAAAGAUUUUGAGGGCAAAAUAAACUGUUGAAAAUUUGCCGGUGGAUGAGAUACCUAUUUAAGUGCUAUUGAAACGGGCCUUUCCUACCUAUAUGGCAAACAGAGCUGGUUCCGGUUGUUCCGCUUUUUCUUAGAAAGAGGAAAUUAUGGCUGCAAUCAGCUGCGGUUUGUUUUUAUAAAAAUACCUUUUAUGAAAAUACUUGUUAGAUGUGACUGAAGCUAUGUCAACAAUCCAGUCUUACAGAAAUGCCUUAUCGCGCUGCGACUUACACCUCAGGGCUAGUUUCAGUUUCAAGGCACCCAGAAGUAGUUAAAGCAAAUGUGACAAAAUUUAUAAAUUUCAUUUCGUAAAAAGCUGAAAAUAGAUUGAAUUACUGCUAAAAAUAGUAUUCACUCCCUGGGAGCCUCAGCACCAGAAAAUUGACUGAAUUAUUAAAGAAACUCCUUGAAUUGAAAUAAGGAGAGUACCGAGGAGUUACAGGAAAGCUAAUAGGGAUCAUGAAUUUGCAAAGUUUUGAAAUUUUAAAUGGAUUGAUUUAGCGACGUAAACCUACAAAACUCAUCAGUGAAAAUGGGAUUAAUUUCAAAUGUUUUGGAAUCGCCUUUGCUUGAUGCCCGUGAUUUUAGUAAGCAAAGACGGUGGUCAAUUGGCUUUUUAUAAGAACGUUCCGACAACUGUCAGCCGUCUUAGCAAAGUACGGAUUGCUUUGCCGGUAGUGCUUGCUGUUUACGAAAAACAAGAAAAUGAACAAAGCGUUUUGACCCACAAUUACAUCUUUGCUUACAAUUUUUGAAAGUACAUGCAGUCUAAAGAAUCAGUCCUGCUGGUUCGACUGCAGUAGCAUUCCAUGAUUGGUUUUCCAUGUUAGUCCUAAGAGUGAUCAACAUUACAUUUCUCCUUGUUAUAUAUUUGCUUUAUGAAACAAGGGGAUACUGAGAAUUAAGGACAUGAUCACAUGGGGUGAAUUAUGCUGAUACCUUAACAACGUCUCCGUGCUACUUCUAUGGGAAUGUAUUAAGGGACAAAAAAAUGAGAAUUUGAAUUUCAAUUUGGGUUUUGCGGUUAAGAGCAACCAAAGUAUUGGGAAAGCCUAAGAAAUCUUAUCAUACUGAUUAGUGCCAAAUAUUUUUCACGCAAAUAGGUCCAAGCAUGCCCUCUUAAGAGGAUAGAGCCAUUUUUAACAUGACGUUGAUAUCAUAUUUCUGGGGCUCAAAUUUGUCACCCAGCCAAGUAUUCAUUUUUAAAAAAACCGAUAUACAGUAAACGUUCGUAUUGACCAUCCCUACGUAGGGGAUACUUUUAUCUUUUUUUUUUCCGUUUGGCCUUUAAAGUUUUAGUUUCACAUUUACUGAAUUCAUUGCAAAUAGAGUGCGUGCGAGAAAGGCAGAACGUGAAAGGUCCAACAUACGGUUCAAACAUUCCUGAUUAUUUGCUUAGUGGACUAUGAAAUAUCUAGUUGAAGGACAUAUUUUGAAGUAUACCCAUAACCUCUCGCUUUCCUCUCCUUAUCCUCUCUCCUCACUUGCUCAAUUCCGAGAUUUAAAGUGAAUAAGCAGUGCUUUAAACUGUGGACAAAACCUUUAUUUUUGUUCUGAAAAUAGUGCACCCUUGCGAUUUGUGGCCGCUAAGAUAAUGUGGCUAGCAAACUCUAGUUACAAGACAAAACUAUUCCAGAUUAGCUCACUGCUCAUCAUACUCAAAAUUUCACUGCAAAAGGAGAGGUAAACUGUUCAUGAUUCUGGUUAGUUACUGUUUAUGCAGUCCCUAUAGGCACUGAAGCAUGUACUCAAAGAGAUAAUUAGAGCGACUAACCCAACCCCCGUCCAAACCUAACCCCACCCCCCCCCUGUGUUACCCGUUCUGCAUCUGCCAUGUUAAAGUGUUUUCAUCACCAUAUUAUGAAGAACAGCAGGGUUUCGCUGUGGUGAUGCCAGUGUAACGAACAUAUACUUUUUUAAUUUUAUUUUCUUUGUUUCCCAUUUUAAAUCACCAAUCAAACUUUUCCUUCUUUCAGUUAUUCAUUCGUAAUUUAAGACUGGCUUUUGUCUUAUUUAUUUCUCUGUUUAAAAUUCAGGUGUUGGUCUCAUGUUAACACCAGCGUGGAUCAUAGGAUUUGACAACUUUCCAAUCCCAGGAGGCAUUGCCGGAGAUCUAUUCUGUCGCAUAGUAGUGUCAUACUAUCUUGUGUUCACACUUGGCAUUGUCUCAGUUUACACCAUAACCUGUCUAUCUCUCGAGAGAUGGUUUGCGGUUGCAAAGCCUGCGAAGUACAGAGCUGGUUUUAAUAAAAGCUACAGAAUCUAUGUUAUGGUGGCCAUAGUGUGGCUCGUUUCAUUUCUUUUCAACGCCCCUCAUCUCUUUGAAAUGGAACUCGGGCCUCACAACACCUGUGUUUGGGUGUCGCUCACGGAAGGCAAAGUCAGAAAAGCCAUUUCGUUUUUUGAGUUCCUUGGAAAGUUCUUCAUACCGUUGCUCAUCACAAGUUUAUCCUUUCUGAGCCUCUGGAGGAAAGUAAGAAAUUCCCCUGCUCUGUUUCAAACCAACAAAGGAAAAGCCGGCAUCCGUCUCUUGCGCAUGUGCGCCAUCAUUGCAUUAGUGUUGGCAUUGUGUUGGUUUCCAAAUCAGUUUUAUUACCUGCUCUUCAAGUUUGACCUCACUAAAAUGGACACACCGUUACAUCAGUUCACGGUGGUGCUGUGCAUGGGAAAUUCUACUUUAAACCCGUUCAUAUACUGCGCAACUAAUUCAACCUACAGGAGAAAGUUUCUUCAAUUCAUUGGCAUCGAGAAAAAGACUUAUAGCAUUGAUGAUGCCUCGUCCGAGACCAACAAGGCUAACAGAGUCAGCAGCAGUACUCCCCUACCAGUCAUCAAAGGCUUCAACCCUCAAGUACCCAGUUUAUCUCGCAGUGAAUUGGAGGAUUGCCAAGUACGGGAUAACAAAGUACCUGUUGUAUAGGCAAUGGAAACGAUGCAUUAAUACGCAUGCGCUUUCGUGGCACUUCAUCCCUGGAGUUGGAAUGGUUAUAGUUGCUCCCCAACAGGCGAUUUCACUAUGACGUUAUUCUCAACGUUUUGGUUCCUUUGCAAAAAGAUUUGCUCUUGGAAAGCUUCGGGGAACAGAAGGAUUCAAUUUUAAAGUUGAAAGAGAUUGUUGACUUGAAAUGAGUAAUCUACGAAAAUGUCAGCUCUCUACAAGCAUAAUUUGUGAUCAAAAUAGCAGCUAUAAACUGUAGAACGAUCGAUUCAGUGCCGUUCCUUAUCUGGCUCGAAUGUUCAAACACCGCUAAAUAAAUUUGUUUCAAUUACAAUUCAAUUUUCAUGGCUCUGUUUUUAUUGCCUGCUGAUCAGACAAUGAUGAGCAUAUGCUAAGGACGAAAGAAUUGUAAACAAGGAUUUGCUGAGGAAAACUAGCGCGCGUGCAAAGCAGUACACGUUAAUUUUUGUGUGACAGGUGUUUACAGCUCUCAAUAUUAAUUGCCAACGAGGCAACCGAGCUAAGAAGCGAGGUUGCCUCGGCGGCAGAUUCAUAAUCCCACGCAAUGUAUGCAAAAACUCUCAAAUUCUGCGUAACCCUCUAAAAUGUGAAUUCUUUACCAUAUCUGGGUGUAAGUGAGACCACAUAUUUGGGCAAUGACGUUAUGAUCUUGUAUUUACAACUCCUGGUUCGAAAUUGGGUUUGCAGCUGUUUGUUUAGUGUUUAAGAGGCCCUAACAGGUGAGCAAGCUUUAAUACGAUUUCUAGUUUGAAAGGGCUAUUAGUGCUCUGGUUUGCUUUAUAAAUUGCCUUUAAAGCAGCUGCAGCUGAUCAUGGAAUAAGGUUUUACGCUCCCAGUUUUGUCAGAACCAGCUUGUUCUUCCAGUUCGAUUUACAUUGAGGUAGCGUGUUCGCUUCUGGACUCAUGACCAGAGUUUUUAGUGUUAUCUUUUCUUUUGUAAAUUGAAUUUUAUGCGGUUUGUGUAGCUAAUCAACGAAUAGGGACCGUUGUAUUCUCAAAACGUUUAUCAGAACCAGCGUGUUCUUCGCAGUUCGAUUCUACAUCGAGCCAGUCCUAACCUCCUGUGAGGAAUGCAACGCGUUGGAGGACCUUUUGUUUUUUACAAGAUAUUUUUGCGUUUGGAGAGGUUUUGUCAACCAGCUCGUGUCCUUUUGUAGCUCGAUUUACAUUGAAGACAGCCCUAAACUCCCAUGACGAAUGCAACGAAUUUGCGGACCCUGCUUUUGUUUUAAAGACCAUCAUUAUAAAUCACUUUGCCUUUCGAGAGACUCUUUGUCCUGUGCUACUCCAU